AUGAAACAACCAGAUUUCGUAUUGAAGCAAAAUCGAUCUUAUAACAUAUGCGAUCUACCAGAUGAUAUACUACUACAAAUAUUUGAACAACUAAGUCCCCUGGAGACGAAUCAUAUUAUCGGUCUACUAGAUAAGAUAUUGAGAGCAAGCUUGGGAAGGAGUCAGAUAAGGAAGCAAAUUGAGUUAUUAAUUACUUUUGCUUACAGGAGACUAUACAAAGGUAACUCGUUGAUAGUUUCUGAAUUUUCAACAAGUGAGUUUCUCGACAAGUAUGAUACUGUAUUCAGUUUCGAAUCCUUCCACGACAGAUUUACAAAUAGCUUUUCAAAAGAUGAUAUAAUUCUAGAGAUUGAAAGGAAAGUGUUCAUGGAAACCCGGCCACAGAGUCUAGAUUUCAAACUCACUCGAAGUUCAAAUGAUUAUACUAAAUUCAUUGGAGAUUUAAAGAUUCUCAAUCAAAUUUUAGAACAGUUGAGUGGGAAUAAUGAAAUAACCAGAUACUUCCAAUACAUUUUUCAAAUAGGGUUUUAUUUGGAUGCCAACACUUUAAGUGUUGAGUCUCCUACGUCUGUAUUAACUGCCGUUUUGAAGACUCUUAUAAAUCUAGUAAAUAACAAGACCUUAAUGAAAGACCCAUUAAGUAAUAGAUUUCAAAAAGUGACCAUCAAGUCCACCGAUAUUGGGAAUUAUUAUGUUGAUGAAAAUGGUUGGGGUCAACUUUUGGAAAGAUUUGGUAAUGCCACAGUAUUAAAUCUUGAAGAUAAUGUAAUUGGACUGGAUUCAAAUCCUAGGACUACAACAUUACAAAGGGUUCAUUAUGAUUUACUAGGAAACUGUUUCAACUGGCCUCCUCAGUUAAAGCAUCUUUCUUUAAACCAUAAUUUGAUAACCUAUGUCCUGACAAGAUUUUUCAAUAAUUUGCCAAAAUCUAUUGAGUCACUACUGCUUGAAAAUAAUAAGUUAUGCUCAUUAGGUUGCAAUGAUAACGAAUCUUUUAAUUUAGUCAAGACCUUGCCCAACUUGCAAGAUUUGAAUUUGAAAAACAACCACCUGUUAAUAUUUGUUAACAUAGAAUCAUUCAAAAACGUUAAAGUUUCAAAACAUAAAUUCAAAUCCUUGGUUAUACGUGGGUGCAAUAUCGAAGAUGUUAACUUACGCCAAUUGAAAAUCACCGCAAACGAGGAAAAAUUCACUUUAGUUAUCUAG